AUGCGGUGCGCGAGCAAGGCCGCCGAGAGCGCGUCCGCACGUCUCUGUGCGGAUGCCGAAGCAGAAACCACAGCAACUGAUGUCUCAUCGGUUGCUGAAGCGACCCAGUUUGUGUCACUUGGUGAUGCAGGCGCUGGUCAUGAAGACACUCAUGUCUUCACAGAGUAUGAGCUCGGAAUCUCAUACUCUCCUGAUACGGAAGACGGAUCCGUAUCCAAGGCGGUUGAAACCACGCCGCCUGCCAAGCGUGGCAAAAUAUCGCAAGACUCGGGCGCUCACAGUGGUGUCGGUUCUCCUAUGGACACCACUUCGCAAAGAGAAGGCAUGGAUGCCUCCCAAAUCUGUCAUGGAUCACCUGUCGGCGACGACGAGUAA